UUAGUUCGAUCCGCGCUGCUGAGCGGGCGCGCACUUUGUUUUAGUAUUCGGUUUUUAAAUACAGUUUUGCAAGCAUAGUGGAUUAACAAGAUACGAUGUGGCUAGAUAGGUUAUUAAUACUUUGCGCUGUUCAAAUAGCGCUUGUUAUAAUUUGCGUCGCGGCUGACGACUACAAAUGGGCGUGCGACAACGGCAAGUGUCUCAAGACACGCCAUGACCCCAAGAACAAGGAACCCGCCCUGAGCUUGGAGGCCUGCAAGAUGUUCUGCAACGAACAUGGUCUCCUCUGGCCAAGGCCUACCGGCGAAACGGACCUCGGUAACUUCCUCUCCAAGAUCAACCUGAACAGUAUCGAGAUGAAGAUCGAACGGCAUGGUGGUACUGACAAACAGAUGCAGGCAGCUUUUCAGAGAUUUCUCAGUAUUGUGGCUCUAGCCAUACCCAAAGAUGCGAUACCGAAAACCAAAGGCAAGGUGUUAGUUGUACAUCUUAUCAACCAGGAUCCCGAUAACAGCGAUUUUUCCUUGGACAUGCGUGAAAACUACACACUUAAAAUAUCCGGGAACAACGAUAAAGUGGAAGCCUUUAUAACUGGAGGGUCGUUCUUCGGAGUCCGCCAUGGCCUAGAAACACUCUCUCAGCUCAUUCUUUACGAUGAUAUCAGAGAUCAUCUCUUGAUUGUUCGUGAUGUUAGCAUUGUGGACAAUCCGGUCUACCCAUACCGAGGCUUGCUUCUCGAUACAGCAAGGAACUACUAUACCGUGGACUCUAUUAAGAGAACUAUAGAUGCAAUGGCGGCGGUGAAGUUGAACACUUUCCACUGGCACAUCACGGACAGCCAGAGCUUCCCCUUCGAGUCUAAGAGGAGACCGACGCUUUCCAAAUAUGGCGCCUAUUCUCCUUCUAAGGUGUACACCCCAGCGGCGAUGCGCGAGGUGGUGGAGUACGGGCGCGUGCGCGGUGUGCGCGUGCUGCCCGAGUUCGAUGCGCCCGCGCACGUCGGGGAGGGCUGGCAGGACACCAACCUCACCGUCUGCUUCAAGGCGGAACCUUGGGCCUCGUUCUGCGUUGAGCCCCCGUGUGGUCAGCUGAACCCCACGAGGGAUGAGUUGUACGAGGUGCUAGAAGACAUUUACACGGAUAUGGCAGAGAUAUUCCAGCCGGACAUGUUCCAUAUGGGCGGAGACGAGGUCAGCGAGCGCUGCUGGAAUGUUUCCGAAGAAAUCCAGCAGUUCAUGGUCCAGCACCGCUGGAACCUGGACAAGGCCGGCUUCCUCGAGCUGUGGGACUACUUCCAGAAUAAAGCACAAGAGAAGGCGUACACGGCAUUUGGCAAGAAGCUGCCGCUGAUCCUAUGGACCAGCACGCUGACAGACUACAGCUAUGUUGACAAAUAUCUUAACCCGAAUGAUUACAUCAUCCAAGUGUGGACAACAGCGGUAGACCCUCAAAUCCAAGGGUUACUUUCGAAGGGGUAUCGUCUCAUUAUGUCCAACUACGAUGCGUUGUACUUAGACUGCGGCUUUGGUGCUUGGGUUGGCGCAGGGAACAACUGGUGCUCUCCCUACAUCGGCUGGCAGAAAGUUUACGAUAACAGUAUAGCAGUCAUGGCCUCCGAGAACAAGGAUCUAGUUCUAGGAGGUGAGGCGGCCCUGUGGUCCGAGCAGUCGGACACGGCCACGCUGGACCAGCGCCUGUGGCCGCGCGCCGCCGCGCUUGCCGAGCGGCUCUGGACGGAGCCCCCCACCACGUGGCUGGACGCCGAACACCGUAUGCUGCACACAAGAGAACGCCUCGUCCGUAUGGGAAUCCAAGCAGAGUCCAUCCAGCCAGAAUGGUGCUAUCAGAACGAAGGCUAUUGCUACAGAUAAGCAACAACCGUCCAAACAAUACCUUACGGCAGUAUUUCUAGCGAAAUAUUAGUGCUGUUUAUUGUAUAAUUUACUAUCUUAUGAGUCGAGAUUAAAUAAUUCAAUUACAUGAGUACCUAUACCUAUAUAAGGUUACAAUUCUUAAAGAAUUCUGAGAAUGUAUAAGAUCCCAGACAUUCUGUGAAUUUUUGAGCCAUGUAAACAUCUAAUCCAGUCACCCAGUAAUCCAGUCCAUAAGUCCGGUAACCCCUAUGACUAACUAGGGAACCUGAUUUUACCCCUCCUCCCAAUGGUAAUAAAACAUAAAUCGUGUACGUUUGUUGUAUUGUUAUAUUAGGUUAGCUUAUUACCCCCGUAAAAUACCAGUUUUACCCCCACGGGGGUAAUUACCCCCAGGUUAGGAACCAAAAAAAAAAUUUUGUCAUUGUUCAAAAUCAAAAUACGCAAGCAUGAAAUCACAAACUAAUCCGCCUCUUUUAUGAGUUUAUGCUAUUUUAACUUUGUUACCUAAUAUAAGGUAACUCGGUUUUCCUAAGUAUAUCUUCUCAAUAUUCUCAUAGACCUGAUUUAGCUAAUGAUUGUUUCAUAGCAAACAUUUCUUUUGACAUUGCAUAUGGCUAAGUGUUUGUUCAGUUAUCUCUGUCUAGUCAAUUCACUCACUUGCUUUUAGAACCUGCACUUAGGUGAUGGGGGCUUGUUAGAUCUUAACCAUUGAGAAGUAAAAAUAACAUUUAUUUCGUAUAUUGAGUCACAUGGCAAAUUCACAGAUAAUGUGGGGUUUAGACUACAAGUGCACGCUGUGCUAACUGUUAGUGAUUCUAUUGCCUUGGCAUAAAUAUAAAUAAGUAGAUAAUAAGAGUAGGUGCAUGAAACUUCGUCUAUAUUAUACUAAACUAUUUUUUGGCGCGUACAGUGACGUGGUUUCUUUUAACACGUUUACUGGGAUAUAAUACAAUAGAACAAAUCUAAUACCUAUUAUUAUAUUAUUGCACGUAUGGUUUUUGUAACUAUUGAACUAAUUCCAAUAAAUUUAUUAUAUAA